CGCACACACUCUCCCACUCCACUCCACGGACACACUCCGCCAGCUCUGGAUGCCUUUUUUAUGCAUGGACAACUUUUCCCCCCCCCUACUCAUUCUUUCUUUGAGGAUCUUCUCCACUGGAUUAUAUCUUUAUAAACUUUGAAGAAAACCCCCUGCGUGUGCGUGUGUGUGUGUGCGCGCGCGCGUGUGCGUGGGUGAUAAUAAUAAGUGACAAGUGCACUGCGCGCACGGGGAUUGUCCCACUUUUUGGAGGAGCUAUGCCGAGCUAUGCAAAGGAGUAACUGGAGUUUUUUCCGAACCUCCACAGCUUUCUCUCCCUGAGGGGAUGGUUGAGGGUCCUCGGGGGCCAGGAGCGACUUUGGGGCUCCUACACGCCUGCUUCGUCUCGUUUGGGGUUCAAUCCAAAUUAAAAGGGAGAUGAGAGCCACAAUCUGUUCCUUCCUGCUGUGGACGACCUACCUGCUGCUGGCCACCGCUGAGGAAGUGCAGUUUCCCCAGGAACUGAUAGACAGACUGGCCCACAGUGAAAUCCACAGCAUCAGCGACCUCCAGCGGUUACUGGAUAUUGAGUCCGUAGGUACAGGAAACGAUGUUAUCGAGGAGCCCAGGCACCACAAACACCACAACAACCACCACCACCAUCCCAAGAACCACUCCCGUCACCCUGGUUACUAUAGCGACCUGAAGAGCUCGCAGCUACACAGUCGUCGCAAAAGGAGCAUCGUCGAGGAGGCGGUCCCGGCGGUGUGCAAGACGCGGACGGUGAUCUACGAGAUUCCCAGGAGCCAGGUGGAUCCCACGUCGGCCAACUUCCUGAUAUGGCCGCCCUGCGUGGAGGUGAAGCGCUGCACGGGAUGCUGCAACACCAGCAACAUGCGCUGCCACCCCUACCGCAAGCACCACCGCACCGUUAAGGUGGCCAAGGUAGAGUACGUCAAGAGGAGACCCAAGCUGAAAGAGGUCUUCGUACGAUUAGAAGACCACCUGGAGUGUGUUUGCACGUCGCAUCAUCAUGUUGUGGAGCACUCCGAUGCAGAAACAGUGGACGUGAGGUGAGACCAAUGCGAUCUGAGAAAAAAAACACACAAAAAAAAGGAUGUCAGCGUGGGAGGGACCGCCUUCUAUCAUUCUUCGCUUCAAAGAACUUUUCCCGAAAGACAAGACUGAUGAAAAUAAAACAAGACAAAUGAUGCCAAAGGUGCUUUUAAAAACUAUCCAGUGACUGAUAGGAGGCCAAAAAGGGAUUUGUUUCUCUGUUGAAGGGACACGAAAGAGUUGGAUAGAGCCUUCGAAUAAAAAGAAAAAAAAAAGAAAAGUGGAAGACCUCCAGCUGGGCAACUUAAAAAAAAAGUGCCCUCUUUAAAUAAAAGACUCGUGCAGGAAGGAGAGCAUCCUGUCUAUGUACAGUUUUGCAAACUACAAACUAUUUAUACGCUUUUUUUCCAAGCGAAAGAACGCGUCGAGAUCACCCUUUUGUUGUUAUACCUGUCGUCCUAUUAUUAUUAUUAUUAUUAUUAUUAUUACAUCAAUGUAUCGAGUCUUGUAUGUGGUUUGGAUAUGUGUGCGCAGAGGAGGAGACGUGCAGGAAGAGGCUUUAUUUUUGUUAUGAAAUAUAUUAUGCUUCCUUUUAUCCGAGCAGAAAUGUGUUUUUUUUUUUGUCGUUGUUAUUGUUGGUUAUUGAAUGUCUAUUUAAUCCAUUUGGAAAAGAUGCAAACAAAAAAAAAAAGGGUGAUGAUUGUUGUGCAUAGUAAGUGGUCCUUAAUGCAUUUCACACACAAUCUACACUUUGUCACUGUAAUGCUGAUAAGAAGGAUGCCCACCCAGUCUGCUGUAGCGACAACACACACACACACACACACACACACAUGUACACACACACACACAGCGAACAAAGUCCACCUUAAAGAGUGAAUGAAUAAGCAGAGCAAAUCGACAAGCGCAUGAAUAGGCUCCUUGUUUAGGCAAGCUUUGGUCCUCACAAUGACUCCACCCGUCUUCUGCAGACACACCAAAUCUGAUGGAACUAACUGAUUUUUGUAAAGAAAAUACAAAAAACAAAAAACAAAAAAAACAAAAAAACAAUUGUGCUUUUUCCACCCUGAGUCUAAACAAUCAAGGUUUCAUACUGGCAACGGAGUGAGUCACUGUAAACACGUGAUCGCCGUGACAUGGAACUGUAUCAGCUGAGACCAGACAAAAGUCCACCUGGGAAUGAACCAUCACUUGAAUAGUGCUUUAUUUAUAUUGUCUCACUACUGUUUUAUUUUUGUUUGUUUUUUUCCUUUUCUUCUCAUCACACGACAGACAAAAAUAAAUGCCUUAAGCCAG